AUGCAUCUUUCAGCGCGUAGCAAGCUACUGGCGAUCGCGUUAAACUGUCUCUACCUUCCCCUCCUAGUUCGAGGUCUACCAUACAAUGUCAACGAACUAGUCGUCCGCGCAGAUGUUGUGGAUUUGGACCCCACUGUCGACGAUACAACCGGUGCCGACGAUGACGGGACAACCGCUGCAACAGGCACACAAGAUGCGGGAUCUGACACAUCAACGGAAUACGACUGGCCUUGGCCGGUCAUUCCCGACUCUGGUGCACACAACGGAAUAAGUGAGGGUCUCGACUCGGCCGGACGGCCCUACAUCAACUACGCCUUGAACACAAUCGAGGGCGCCAUACCGGCCGAGCGUCGAAGUCCUGUCUUUUUCACGGAUGUGAAACCGCCUGCUCCUGACAAUUUUGUGGAAGAACACCUGGGCGGCAACGGCUGGGACUACUUUGAUGCGUUUCGCGAUGAUUGGGAGAAUAGUUUUGGGAGUCAAAGAAAGAUACCAUUGUCAGAUUCAGAGUAUUGGCUCAUUGUCAAUAGAGCUUCAAAUGCCAUGGCUCGAAGCAACAUGGAGUCCGAAGUCUUCGUAAGCAUGGACUCAGAAGGCGGCACUAGAAGCGUGUUCAACGGGGUUCAAACCUAUGAUGGUAAAGGCGACAUUGAAAAAGAAGCUACAUGGAAGCCUACAAAUAAGGGUGUCGGCCAAAUCUUUUACCAAACCGAACUUCCCGUCCUGAUGCGCAAUCCCAACACCAAAAAGAUCACCGCGUAUAAGAAGAACGACCAAGGCAAUUACGAGUUCACGACGCAGUGGGACGCUAGUUUGCCUCGCUCCAAUCCCAAUUACAAACCUCGAGACUACCUUCCCGAAAUGCCGCUUGAUAGCGCGAGCGGAGGACCCCGGCUCGUUCCCUUCUCCACGCCCGAUGGUCAGGCGCCGCAGCGUUGGGACGAUGGGUAUAAUCAUAAGUAG